UCAGGUUGGGCGGAUAAAAUCCAUGGCUUAACUAUUCCGGCUGACGGACCACACCAAGUCCAGACUCUUCAUGAACCGAUUGGUGUUGUUGGUCAGAUAAUUCCUUGGAAUUUUCCUCUUAUUAUCUUAGCUUGGAAGCUGGGGCCUGCACUAGCUUGUGGAAACACCAUUGUUGUCAAACCAGCCGAGCAAACUCCAUUAUCAACUCUUUAUCUCGCUAAUCUUUUUCUCGAGGCCGGACUUCCUCCGGGUGUUUUUAAUGUGGUUCCUGGAUUUGGUCCAACUGCUGGUGCUGCACUUGCCAGUCAUAUGGAUGUAGACAAGAUUGCUUUUACUGGAUCGACGGCAACGGGAAGAGCUAUCACAGAGAUGUCUGCGAAAAGUAAUCUUAAACCCACACUUUUGGAACUUGGAGGAAAAUCCCCUUUCAUUGUAUGUGAAGAUGCAGAUGUAGAUAUGGCGGUAGAACAUGCGAAUUUAGCUGUGUUCUUUCAUCAGGGACAAUGUUGUGCCGCUGGCUCUCGUACUUUUGUACACGAGAGUAUAUACGAUGAGUUUGUUGAGAAAGCGAAAGCUCGAGCACAGAAAAUUAUCGUUGGUGAUUCAUUCAAAUCAGGUGUUCAACAAGGUCCACAGAUUGAUGCUAAACAAUUCGAGAAGACCUUGGGGUAUAUAAAAUUAGGCAUUGAUUGUGGAGCAACUCUUGAAACGGGAGGCGAUCGUUUUGGCAACAGAGGCUACUACAUUCAACCUACUGUUUUCUCCAAUGUCGAGGAUGACAUGUCGAUAGCAACAGAUGAAAUAUUUGGUCCGGUCCAAUGCAUCAUAAAAUUCAAGGACUUGAAUGAAGUCAUUGGAAGGGCAAAUGAUACUCCUUACGGACUUGUUGCUGGUGUGUUUACUAAGAAUAUGGACACUGCAAACACACUGAGUCUUGCCUUACGAGCUGGAACUGUGUGGGUAAAUUGUUACAACGUGAUCGAUAUUACGAUUCCUUUUGGUGGGUAUAAGAUGAGCGGACAUGGAAGAGAGAAGGGUAUUUACAGUCUUUCCAAUUACUUGCAAGUGAAGGCUGUCGUUACUCCUUUGAAUAAUCCAGCAUGGCUCUAA